GGAAGAAAGCGUGUUCUAACUCCUUGAUAGCAUCAGGGAGGCUGCUGGGGCUGUGGCGAAACAGUCUAGUCUGAAACUUCUGUCUUGGCACUCCGGCAUCUCUUCUUCUCAAAGCCCCAAACUCAAAGAGCAACCCCCUUCCCCCUUUCAGGCCAGUCCCACUCUCUCUGGGGUUGAUUCCUGGGGCUAAAAGAGAUUCCUUGAUUGAAAGACUGUCCAAGGCAAAAGAGAUCUGGGGGCCAUGUGGGUUCAGUCUUCUCGGUUUACCAAUGAGGAGGCUGAGGCCGCUGAAUGCUCCCCGUUCAAGUUCUUCAUAUUCAUGCACGUGUAGUUUGAAUAGUCUUGGGUUGGGGGAAGUGUACAGGCAUCAUUUCUUUCCAGAAGCCUGUUUGGCCUGGGAUGGACAUAGGCAUCUGUGGUUACACUUGCAACAGGGCCACACCACAGGUGUCUGGCUGCCAGGGAAGAAGGAUGGGCCCUUGCCUGAUGAGCCACUACAGCAGCCGGGGACAUGAUGUAACCAAACCACCUUAGCCAGGGCACCAAGACAGGUGGGCUGACCUCUGGGUUUAGAAGGGGGCAGACAUCAGUUGCCUGGGAAAGUAGUGGGCACUCCACCGCCCGCAAUUCUCAUAGUCCUGCAAUAACGAAUUCCACUGGGAUUUCCAUGGCAGUGGCUUGCCUGGGAGCUGGGUAGGGGCAUCUGCGUUCCAGAGGCCUGGGAACUCAAAAAGCCAAGCAAGGACCUUGGUUGCAGCAGAUAAAGGUGUAGCGCCUGUUCAAGGGAGAUAUUGAAAUUGUAAUCUUUGCGGUCACGUGACUCAUUAAAUAAUUAAUGUGGAUCGUCAGGAAUGGAUCGGAGUCGUCAGGGCCUCACUAGGAAUGAAUCUCUCAGAAGUGAGCCCCCCAACUUCCUAUUUGAUUUUUAAAAACACAGAUCCUCAGAUUUAUAUCCAAAGGCUUUUUAACUCCUUCAGGAGGGGGUGGAGAGAGCCCUGUCGGCUGGGAGGACCGGAGCUGGCCCAGGCUGGGUCUUGGGCUUUUCCUGCAGGGUUUCUGCGAGUCUGGGGAGCGCACGGCGAUCGGGGAAGCGCCGAGUUCGGGCUCUGAUUCUUGCGGUCACAUCUUGGCUUUGGUGAUGAAGUGGGACGGAUGCGCAGACAGUUGAGCGCGGGGACACGGGACGCGGCGGCUCCCUGAGCGCCCGGAGCAGGAGACACGCUCUGCUUCCGCCUUCGGCAUCUUCCGAGGUCUGUGCGGGGCGGCCAUUGGCGGCGGAGCGUCACGUGACCGCGGGGGCGUGCCAAUGUGCGCCCUCACGGGUAUCAAGCCCCUGUCAGAGUGUGCGAUCAAGAUCCUGAAACAACGCGAUGCAAAAAGCGACCUACUACGACAGCUCCGCGAUCUACGGUGGCUACCCUUAUCAGGCAGCCAACGGGUUCGGUUAUAAUGCCAGUCAGCAGCCGUACCCAGCGUCCGCAGCACUGGGCGCCGACGGCGAGUACCACCGACCCGCCUGUUCACUCCAGUCGCCCGCAAAUGCCGGGGGCCACCCCAAGGCGCAUGAGCUGAGCGAGGCGUGUCUGCGCACGCUGAGCGGUCCGCCCAGCCAGCCCCCAGGCCUAGGCGAGCCGCCCCUGGCCCCACCGCCACCCCAGGCCGCGCCCCCGGCCCCGCAGCAACCUCAGCCCCCGCAGCAGCCCCCGGCGCCCGCUCCUGCCGCGCCUCCGCCCCCCUCGUCAGUCUCCCCACCUCAGAAUGCCAGCAGCAACCCCACCCCCGCCAGCGCAGCCAAGAGCCCUCUACUCAACUCUCCCACCGUGGCCAAACAAAUCUUCCCCUGGAUGAAAGAGUCUCGGCAAAACACAAAACAGAAAACCAGCGGUUCCAGCUCAGGGGAGAGCUGCGCAGGUGACAAGAGCCCACCUGGGCAGGCGUCUUCCAAGAGGGCGCGCACGGCCUACACGAGCGCGCAGCUGGUGGAGCUAGAGAAAGAAUUUCACUUCAACCGCUACCUGUGCCGGCCACGCAGGGUGGAGAUGGCCAACCUGCUGAACCUCACCGAGCGCCAGAUCAAGAUCUGGUUCCAGAAUCGCCGCAUGAAGUACAAGAAGGAUCAGAAGGGCAAGGGCAUGCUGACGUCAUCAGGGGGCCAGUCUCCGAGUCGCAGUCCCGUGCCCCCCGGCGCUGGCGGCUAUCUGAACUCUAUGCAUUCGCUGGUGAACAGCGUCCCGUAUGAGCCCCAGUCGCCUCCGCCUUUCUCCAAGCCCCCCCAGGGUGCCUACGGGCUGCCCCCCGCCUCCUACCCCGCACCUCUGCCCAGCUGCGCGCCCCCGCCACCCCCACAGAAGCGCUACACCGCAGCUGGGGCGGGCGCGGGUGGCACGCCCGACUAUGAUCCACACGCGCACGGCCUGCAGGGCAACGGCAGCUAUGGGACCCCACACUUACAGGGAAGCCCCGUCUUCGUGGGGGGCAGCUAUGUGGAGCCCAUGAGCAACUCUGGCCCGCCCCUCUUUGGCCUAACUCACCUCCCCCACGCCGCCUCGGCUGCCAUGGACUACGGGGGCGCUGGGCCGCUGGGCAGUGGCCACCACCACGGGCCCGGGCCGGGGGAGCCGCACCCCACCUACACGGACCUUACCGCCCACCAUCCUUCUCAGGGAAGAAUUCAGGAAGCCCCCAAGCUCACCCAUCUGUGAUGGUGGGCUCGGGGCUGCGCGCCAGGAGAGUCCCUCCCCCAACCUCCCACCACUUUUCUUCAGUCGCUUUUUUUUUUUUGGUUUUGUUUAAGGUUUUUCCCCCGCCCCUCCCUUUUCUCUCUCUUCCACCCCCCACUCCCCCCCCCGCGUUUUGUUUUCUUUGGUAACACGUUUUUAUAGUUUAUGUGACGUAGCAAUCUUGGUUGCUGGAAUGGCUGUCAGUAUCAGUAGCGAUAUUUAUCUUCUCCCGCCCCUCGCUCGGCCGAUGGCCCUGCACCCUUUACCUUCUCAAUUCUUUGAUCAGAAACAGGGUAAAUGAACAAAUUUUCUAGCCAAGUUCUUCAAUGUGAAUUUGUUCGUACAUUAUGGCUCCCGAGGGGAAGCGAUUACUUUUUUUUUUUUGUAAUUUUUAGGGUUUUUUUUUUAAUUGCACUUCUUGUAAAGAGCGAGAAAAAAAUCAAAGGCGCUUUGAAACAGGGACUCCCUGUACAAGGAUGAUUAAGUGUACGUCUUUCCGUGUGUGUAUGCUGGUGAACAGUCAGAUUUAUUUAUAUUUUUUUUGCAAGCAUUGAAUAAUCUAAGUUUUAAAUAUUAUUUAUCCCCAUCCGUUCGUAUUUAUAUUAAAGAAAUUCUGUACCCUGGUUGUUCAGAAGGUUUCUUGGGCCUUUUGUUCAAUGGUCUAUUGGCGUACAUAGGAAAAAAUUUAUUUGAAAGGGAAAUAUAAUUCCUUUAUAAAAGCGGUAAUGAUGCAAUAAUACCAGAGAGGAUCCAGCUUUUCAGAACAGUGAUUUAGGUUUGCAACAUCCUGCAAAACUGAAAAAAAAAAAUCUGUGACAGUGAAAAAUGCUAGAUUUGUUUUGAGAGUUCUACAUUCCUUGCUGCUCACAUUCUGAGAAACAAAACAAAAAAAUAAAGUUUUUAUUCUGAAUAA